UUGCUGAGGGAGUGUUAUUGUUGUUUGUAGACAAUUUCGUAAAUAUUCGGGGAAAAACCAGACUUCAAAGAUGCCUGUACAUUUCAAGGGCAAUUCUGAGUAUAAUGUCCACUACAAGUGGUUUGAAUCAUACAGGAGCAAAAAUUUCCGUCCUACACCAGAGCAGGCAAAACCUAAAGCGGGUCUUUCUUCAGUGAACUUAGGUUUAAAUAGUGUGCCAUGUGAGCCUCCGAUGCAGAGGAAGAAGAGAUUGGAUGGACCAAUGACAAGUCUUAGUACUAACUUCAACCAGGGUCUCGAGUCACCAGGUAGUGAAGAUUACGCUCUUCUAGGUGCCAAUGAUAAGUUUAUGCAGAAUGUCAAAUACAAGGCGAAGACUCGUGGUGCAUCUCCUCCCAAGCAACAAAAACUGGCUCAAACCAGGAAAGAGAAAGAAAACAGACAAGUUACCUCCAAACCUAAGCCAGCUCCUGUAGUGAACACUGAAAUUUACCGAAAAUCUACAAAGGAGGAUUCAAAACCUGUAGCCCCAUCCAAAACUGAGGAGAGCCCCAAAGUCCUCACACCCAUGGCUCCCAGGGGAAUGAAGGGCAUGCCUCCAUUACAGCUCAAAAGUGAGCUGGAAGCUCCGAAAGUAUCUAGAAAAAGCCCAGUGAAAUCCAGCAAGAAGACAAGCUCCAGUAGUGAUAUGGUCGCCAACAAACAGGAAUCUCUGACCAAACUGCCCCUCAAGGACAAAAUGAUUAAUAACAUGAAUGAGUCUGUACAAACCAACAUGGACAAAGGAAUAGCUCUGUCUGCUCCAGAGGCCCCCGCGGAAUUUGCCCUGAAGUACAAGGCAGGAAUUGCUCCUCCACGCCCUAAAAGGAAGGUAUCUGAGUACCAAAAGUCGUUUGAUUGGAAGGUGGGGGGAAAGGCCUCUCCACUCCUAGCAGCUGAACAGAUUGUAUAUAACAGUAACCCUGCAGUCGCCCCAUUCAGGAAGGAUGUCGUCCCUAAGAAGAGUGAAUAUGAUGUCCAGUUCCAGAACUGGAAGCUGAGUGAGGUGGAAGAUAAGCCUGUUCAGGCAGCUGGGAAGCCAUCAAAGAAAAGGUCAAAGGUCAAGAGAAGUAAAAGUACAGGAGCUCUGUCACCAGACAAGAUGGCAGCUGCAGGGUCAGGUCCUGUUAUCACUUCCGAUAACAAACGUCUUACCAAGGAGACACCAGAUAUAGAGGUCCGGCCACGCCCACCCAUUCCACAUGGUCAGCUCAGACGAUCGAGGAGUGAGUAUCGUAAUAACUUUAAGGCUCCCAGCAAUUUUGAUUACAUUAAGGGAGCAUGGAGAGGAGCCAACCCACCACACCUACAGGCACCUGAGCCUGCAGAAAACACAGAAGGUCCAUCGCUGUCCAACUGGUUCGCAGAGGUAAUAGAACUGAGGAGGAAGGCCCAGGAGUACCGCAAGAGGGCUCAAGGUACACACUUUUCUCGGGAACACGCCGUCCAGUUGAUGGCCCAACAGGCUGAGGCCUGGGAUGUCCAGUCUUCCGUCCGGAGUGGACAUAGUACACUUUCUGCCUUGUCCCUAGAAACAGGUUCAGCAAGAAAUGGAGCAUCACGACGUGACUCAGCCAGGGCCACAAUGGCAUCAGAUGAACAGGUACAGGAGCAGGACCUGGAGACAGAGGCAGGUGUCGCCAAAUUGGCGUGGCAGGGUAACCAGGAUGAAGAUGAGAGUGUUAUAGCACCCAGUACCAGCACAGUAGAAGAGACAGAUGGUGGGCGUGUCCCAACCCCAAAAUGGCAGCAGAAAUUGAGCAGCAAGCGCUCUGGUGCCCGACAUCACCUUGACCUGACCACACCUGCUGUGGGUGGGGCCAUCCUGACAUCACCACCUCAGAAGACACGCCCCAGAGGCAGGAAGGCUGUCUCAAGAUCACAACCUAUUUCUCUUCAAGAUUUAGAAGAUGAUGAUGCUGCACCUGUGGAGGAGGUUGUGAGGAAGCCAAUCGCAGGACAGACAUAUACUAAGCCAGUGGAUGUAAGCAAAGGACCAAUAGACCCGACCCCAACAUUCGGUAUGCCAUCACGCGACACACACUACCUACGUGAUGAUGACAUGUCAUGUGACCAGCCACUACAAACCAAUUAUGUACACAGUCCUCUCAAAAAACAAGUAAACAAUUCCUGGGGGAUUAAUAUCCCUGCCACCAUAAAGGAGGGGUUUGGCUCCACCUACAACCAACCUGCCCUAUCGUAUAGUGAGGCAAAGGAUGUUGAUGAUGAUGUCCUAUCGGUCUCGGCACGAUCUGUCGCCUCCAGCUGUUCUUUAGCAUCGGAGACGCUGGAACGGGCCAGGAAACGCAAGGAAGAAUUCUGGGGAAAGCCUGGUGUUGCUGCUCAUUAAGGAGACAUGUCCUUGGUUUCUAUAGCAACCCAUAGUACAUGUACUAGAUAGUUUCUGCUAGCGACCAAUUGAAAUAUUCUUGAAUCUCCGAAU